CACACACACACACACACAUACGCAUACACACACGCGCGCGCAUGCACGCACGCGUGCGCGCGUGGAGCAGCUACAGUUUGGCUCGUGCACUUGGACUUGAGGCGCCAUUUCUGACUUUUCACAGCUUCAGUGUUUUGGGUUUUUUUUUUAAAAAAAAAGUGAUGAAAACUAUGAGGGCUUACAUUUAUUCUACUUUGCGCUAGAGGAUGUGUUGAGCACUCUACAUCGGACGGGGACACACACACGCACGCGCACGCACACACACACACACACACACACACAGGGGCUCGGAGUGUUGAACUUACGGACCUUCAGAUGUGUUCACUUUGCUCCAGAGAACUUCACAUUCCCUUGUUGAGCGACAAUGGAGCCGAGAGCCGAGGACAGCGGCAGUGGCCUUUUCUCCCUGCACCGGAUCCAAGCUGUCCACUCCUGCAACGAGUACACUGAGAGUCCUUCGACCUGGCCCCAAACACAGAUCUCUGACUCCGGCCCUGAUGAAGGUUCUGUGCCAGAUGAUCACACGCAAGAUUCUUCACAUUCACCUCCACGUGAUCAGAGGUCUGUUGACACUGGGCCACCCUCGGAGCAAGAGACUGUGGGACACAAAGGUGAGACUGUAGUACAGGAACAGCCGGAGAAGUUCGAACCGGAAGUGCAGAAGGGACUCUGUGUGAUAUUCUCUCAGGAGCUAAGCCUUCUGGGAAAUUUGGGCAAAAAAGUGACAACAGUAGAGGAACAACCGAGGACCUCUGAAUCGAAAAAGGAAGCGUUGGAGCCGAGUGAAAGUUUUAUCUCGGAGCAGACGAAUCUGGAAUGUGCAGCCAAACUAGGUGUUGCAAUACAGGAGCAGCCCAAGAGCUGCAACUCAAAACACGAAGAGAUGAAGCUGCUUGGAUGUGCUUCCACGGAUGAAAAGAAUUUAAAAUUGGAACCAAAACAGGAAACAACAAAGCAACUCAACAGGAAGCACCCAAACCCAUGUGAUCACUGCAGGCGCUGCAAGUGCAGGGAUUGUGCCGAAGCCACGCCCCUUCCGGCCUGCUGGCUGUGUGAGCGUCGCUGCCUGUGCUCGGCAGAAGCAGUGGUGGAGUAUACCACUUGUGUAUGCUGCCUCAAAGCACUGCUCUACCACUGUUCCAGCGAUGAUGAGGAUUCCAACUCUGAUGCCCCGUUUUCCUGCCGUAAGUCCGGGAGGUGUACGAGGUGGAGUUCGGCGGUAGCUUUGACGUUCGUCCUGCCCUGUCUGCUGUGUUACGGUCCUGCCCGAGGCUGCCUGGCACUCUGUCAGUUCUGCCAUGAGCAUACCCACCGGACUGGCUGCAGGUGCAAAAGUCCUGUGACCCCUGUUUGAUGAUUUGUUUUUACUUUGUUUAAGCACUGAUGGAGGUGAUGUUUGUUUCUUAUGUGUUUGUUGUUUGUGUUCAUUUUUUAAUAAUAGGAUGUGGCAAGCCACUGACUUGCAUUGUGGUGUGAUUUGAGCAGACAGAAAUUUGUUUGUUUUCUUUGAGGUGGUCUUGUUCAUUUCUUUGUUGAUGCAUGUAGUACAGAUGUAGUUUUGACACUGUAGAUGAAAGAAAACCAAGUGUAAAGCAGUGAUUCCCUCUAACUAAUGACUAUGAUUAUUUUUAACUCAGGAAUUUUUUAACUCAUGAAAAUGAUUCCAUUUUCCUCAUGAAUCUGAUUCUUUCUAUAGGUUUGGGUUUUUUUUUCUCUCAAAAGUCAAAAGUGCCACAUUUAUUAAUAUGUGUGUUGAUACAUAAUCUGCAAUAACACUUAUUACACUUUUGUAAAGUAGUCAUUGAUGAGUUCCUCAGAGGUGAUUUUAUUUUUUAUACAUUUGAGUCGUGAACAGGUGUCAUGUCCUACCUGGACGCCUCAACAGAUCUUUAUAUAUAAACAUUUAUGGUGCAUUUAUUAGUGUUGUACAUACAUUUCAGAUAUUUUUGCUUUAAAUGUUUUGAAUUAUCCCUGGAGCAAUACUUGUAAAAUUGUACAGUGGAAAAAAUAUUAUCUAAUUUUUAAUUUUUUGCUUGGUGUAAAGGAUAUUUAUUUUAAGUUUUUAUUAUGCAAAUAUAUAUUUAUUUUUACAAAAGCAUCUAACAUGCUAACAUUGGGAAGCAUAAAUGCUGUAAAUAAUGCAAAUGAGAGUGCUAUGUGUGAAGCUUAUGUUCACUAUGAAGUAGAAAAUAUAUUAAUGUUGUUGAAAUCGAACCACUCUGUUUUCUCAAGGUCUUUUUUUUCUUGCUGCUUUUGUAACAUCUGAUUACAAAGCAGCAUUGUGGAGGAUUUCUGUGGCUUUUUGUUGCUGAGACCUACUCUUGGGUCAUAUUUCAGAGGGCAGGAUAGCCGAUAGACGAAACACCUGGUACACACACAACCUCACGUAUGGAGACCUGGUUUGAUUCAUCGCUAGGUUCUCAUAAAGCCAUAUUCUUAUAGGAAAAUUGGGUUAUAGAGUGUUGUGAUUUGGAAUUACCGCUCCAACUGAUUUAUUCUUUUUAUACCACAACAAUUUGAUAACGAUUACAAUGUAAUAUUUAACACAUAACACAUUAUACAUUGUAUAGAUGUAUAGACUAUUUCAGUAUAUUGACACUAUUCCUAGGACAUAUCUGGUUGGCAGUAAACAGUGCUCAAAACUGUAGCGAAGAAUCAUAAUUAGGAUUUGAUUAGGAUCAUGUUGUUCUGUUGUUCCCUCAGGUCACAGAUAUUGAAAUUAAACCUUGUCUUACAAAUUGUUUCACAAAAAAGGAUUCUAGUCUAAUCCGAUUAUCAGACAUUUAAAAUUAAAGGCCAUUAUGAAAUGCAUUUUGAGAUACUCAGCUGUAUAAUGUUUUAAUUUACAAAAUAUGAAAGCUAAACUAUUAGGUAGCUAACUUACCCAGCCAUACAUAUACAAGUGUCCACUUCCACUUUCUUCUAGCAAUAAACCAAGUAGGUUUUAGACAACAUUUGAUUUGCUUCAACUAUAUUAACACAAACCAAAGUUCACACUCACAUUAAAGCAGCAAGUAUUUCACACCAUCUGUAAGAAAUUACGUCCAAACUAUGACACGCUUUCAGUGGUUUUCUAGUGUAACCAUUUGCUAUAUCAACAACAAUCAAGUAAUGAGGGGGGUAAGUCACUUCAGGCAUAUUUAAGACCGCAGAAAAAACCUCACAUAUUUGUUUAAAGGAUCCGGUAAUGACAAACAAUGAUUUAUUUAUUGCUAACUUCUGUAUAUAUCUUAUUCGUUCUGAUUCAUAUAUUCAUAACUUACAAAUUAGUUAUUUUCUUUUGACAGCUUUACAUAUAAAGAUGUUUUAGGAACAAAUAUUUUGCGUUUCAGUUUAAUUAUAGGUUAUGUUAAAAUAGCUAUUUUUUAAAUUCUAUUUAAUGUGGUGGAAUUUUUAAUGUUAACAUCACAAGGUGCAUUUUUUCUGUCUUAUGAACUUAGAAAGACAGAGAGCAAACAGAGGCUAGUGAGGGCAUGACUGUUUAUAGCUGCCAUAAUGUAAGCGAGAACAGGAACUGAUUUUUUUUGGCCAUUUCAGAAAAAACAAACAACUGCAACAAAAACAGUUCCUGUUCUCUCUUUUUAAUCUCUCUUUCUGAUUUCAUGAGACAUAAAUGCAGCUUGUCAUGUUAGCAUGAAAUCAUUAAAAAUUCUUUGUCUUGAAGAUGUCUUGUAAAACAUCUUUAUCUAAACAUUUUUACUGCUACAAAGCACCAACAAUAAAGAAUCCCUUCAUAAAUGAUAAAUUUACCAACGUCCAUCAUCAUUAUUUUUUUCAGUUGCCUGUGAAUGAGCU